AUGAGACCUUCCUGGCUCGCCCUCUUUUUCGGAAUUCCUGCCCUCGUGGUUAGUGCAACGCACAGCAUCCCCGACAAACAUCCUACUAAGGAGUCAUCAUCAGAUUUGAUCUGUCAUGACACAAACUGCUAUUCCAAACACUUUGUUCCAACGAAUGAAUUCCAGAUCAUUCACGAUGAUCAAGUGGUACCCCUUGGUCUUCAUUAUAGACUCAACGUCGAGACGGGCUUGAAAGAGGCAAAAAUAAAUGUCGCCAGCGAUUCCGAUGAUGAUCAUACUGGCGUGGUUGUUAUCCCCAAUAAAGAUGAGGAGGCAGCGAUCAUAGAUUCACCAAAGCCUAUACCUCGAGCGCCGAUUAGCCCUGAUGGCGCUAUAAAACCACCGUUACCCUCAUCUGCUGGCGAAGCGCUCGCCUUCUCGGAUUCCCUCGAAGUCCUUCUCAAGCACUCAAAAUAUUCAACAUCUGAGAUUACCCACGCUCUCCUGUCAUUGGAAGAUCUAGUUCACGAAAUCUACUGGGGUCUUCAAGUUUCAGCUCCAAAAUACGUUUCCCCUCUGCUCACCUUGGUUUCAAACUCGCCCGAUCCAACUAUUCGCUCAACGGCAGCUCUUGUUAUCGGCAGUGCGCUCUCAAACAAUCCAAAAGCACUCGCCUCUGCAACCUCGGAUAGUUCGGUGAAGCUAAUCAGGACACUACUUUCGUCCCUCGAAAGGGAAACCGACAACAACGUUAAGGCACGGAUCUUAUAUGCGCUUAACCAAGCUAUCAAGUCCCCCGUAACUCGCGCCGAGUUUCUCACUGGACAGGGCCUACAAACACUGCAUCAACUCUUUAAGAAUGGUGAUUCUGAAUUCAUGGGCAAAUCCGCUAUCGUCAUUGAGGACAAUUUUCUCAACGAAGACAUGCGAUCUGACGCAGAAGUCAUGAAGAAACAAGGUGGAUCAACUCAUUUUAAUCCUGCUAGAGAUGGCAUCGACGAAAGGAAGUUCUGCUCGCUAUUCGAGGAUACUCUUCUGAAAAGCACUGAGAAAGGAAUCGAUAACGACGUCCAGGAGAAAAUUUUUAGUGCUCUAAGUGCCUUGAAGAGGAAACAUCAUGGACAUGCUGGGUGCAAGUCUACUGAUGAUUUCUUGCUAUGGUUAGAUACACAGGCAGAUUUAGGCGGAAGAUUAUAUGGAGAUGUUGAGGAGGACGGUGAUCAACAACUAAAGCUAAUGGCCUUCGAUAAUCGCGAUUUGUUUCCUUAA